GCAGUGCUGUGUUUGCGUGACCGAUCUGUCACCAUGGCACACGAGGCUUCUUGGUCUGAUGACCAAUGGAAUGGUCAUGGGUGGGGCUCCUGGACGUCCUGGGAUUCGAAGGACCAGGAUUGGUGGUCCCAGCCUGACUGGGGCUCCCAGGGCCGUGCUGGGUCGGGUGCGGACGAGCACCGGCCCGGUACGGAAGAGAUUCGCGCAGCGAGCGCGAAGAAGGGGCAGGCAACGGUCCCGGCCAAGGGGGAGAAGCAGACUACGGGUAACGGGAAAGGAGAGAAGUCAAAGGAGAAGGGUAAAGGAGCUGGGGACACGGGCAAAACGGACAUGCGGUUCGGUCUGACAACCAAAGCAGGUGUGGAGCAACUGUUUGGGGCGGCUCUGCGCAAAAAGCCUCCAUCGGAGGCUUCCAAGCCGGAGGUUAGCAACGCCAAGGCCGAUGGGGCCAUAGUGGAAGCAAAGGACACAGAUGAUCAUGAUGGAGAUGAAUGGCAGGAGGAGCCGGAGGCCGAAGAAGCAGCCACAGAUGAGGAGGACGGCGAUGAUGACGAAGAGGAUGAAUAUGGUGAUGAGGAAGCGGAACAGGAGGAGCACAAGGGUGAUGAAGCCCCGCAGUCACCCCACUACGCCUUCCCCAACGCCGGAAUCUCAAUCGCAAGCUGCAACCACCUUCUAGCUGCAAAGCUGAAGUCCGAUGGGGUGGGCGAAGCUCCAGCCCUCGCUCCACUGGGCAUAUCGGAGGGAAAGGGUAGCAGAGUUGCUCGUGUGCGCUGCUUAACACCGGAGGAGAAGGAGGCUGUGUCGAAUAUGACAAGCUACCGGCAGAUGGACAAGAGUGAACGCAAGAGGCAGUUUGCUGCCUUAGACCGGCGGUUCAAGGACCACUCCACCUUACCUCCGGGACUACUUGAGCAGUACCAAGCGGCCUUCGGAUCCUCCGAUAGGAAAUUCGAACUUCUGAGCCUGGGAUGUUGGAAUAUGAGUAUGCAUGGUUCGGGUUGGGUCAGGUGA